AUGUCAUGUAUUCGUCAUCUCCGACUCCCAGUUCAACAUUAUGGACAGACAGCUAGAAUCUGUGCAGAAUUGAAUAUUGACAUGGACCCAAGCAAGAUACCCUUCAACGCUCUCAUUGUGGGGCCGACUAAUUCAGGCAAAUCAAGGUUUGUGGUGGACCAGAUCUACGGCCCUUCCCGCUUCAAGUUUGACUACAUCGUUCUAAUCUGCCCGACAUUCGCACACAACAAGACCUACCACAGAAUUGGUGAAAAUGAUCCAAGAAUGAAUGUGAUAGUAUACGAGCAGCACCACGUGGAAAAGUGGUUGAAGCUAGUGAGAUGGCUUUUCGAGGGCACCAACACGUUCAUAAUCCUCGAUGACUGCGCAGCCUCCAAAGAUGUGAAAGGGCGUACAGGCGGGCUGGUGAAUCUAGCUUUUUCUGCUCGACAUAUGGGCAUCAGCGUUUGGGUGCUGACUCAGAAGAUGACCGGCAUAACAGCUUCCUUCCGGGAGAAUGUGGCGGCGAUCGUUCUCUUUUAUACCCCCUCGGCCAAGACCACGAAAGCCAUUUUUGAUGAUUACGCUGGCGAACUCUCUCAGGAUGAGUACAAAAGCGUGGGCUCAAAGACAACAGAAAGCUUGAUCGACAGCUUUACUUUUCUUGUAACCAAAGCGGUCGGAACGGCCGUUGACAUCAAAGACAUCGACGCUUAUCAAAAAGAACUCAGAAACGACUUCAUCUUAAACAAAGAGCUCUCCAAUCUGGCCGGCAACCUUGCUUUGAAGUGCGGCCGGUUUCUGGCUGCGGCCAACGCGGCGCCGAUCACUACAAAACAUAUUGAUUUCAACUCGCAUUUAGAGAGAAAGGACGAAGCAAAAUUGGAAGAAAUUCAUCAGCAAUCCUCAACAACUGCUGAGGGAUUGCAGAACGAUAGUAGUAUUAUUAACAAUCAAAUGUGUCCUUCUUCAGGUUUGAAAGCCUUCGUAAACCAAGGUGCAGGUUCAACAAUUCCAGAUGAUGCCCAGCCGAAUCGCUAUGAGCUCGAAAAGCGUCCCCGUGGGUAUUGCGUCAUAAUAAACAACGUCAAGUUCUGGAAGAGGGCACAUGAUCGUCCUGGAAGCGAAGAAGAUGAAAGAAGUCUCAAACAGAUCUUCGAUGAACUUUUCUUUACGGUAAUCAUCGAAAGAGAUUUAAAGAAACGUGACAUGGAAGAUGUGGCGGAGAAGUAUGGGGCUGAAGAUCAUACCAAAUUUGAUGCGUUUGUGAUGAUCGUCAUGUCACAUGGUGGGGAUGGUGACUGCAUUCUGGGCGUGGACGGAAGAGAGACAUCAGUGAAGAAUUUGAUGGUCGAGUUCCAAGAAUCCAACUGUCCAUCACUAAAGAAAAAACCCAAGGUGUUUAUUAUCCAAACCUGCAGGGGCGGAUUAGGAUCCUCAGCUGAUAUUGUUAUUUCACGGGCGGUGCCAUCGACAUCUACUCAGGUGGAUUACGAGCUUUGCGAUGCUUCUUUUUUACCCGACUCUACUCUCCCAAGGAGUGUGUUUCCUCCAGAGGCUGACUUUGUCUUGGCCUUUGCCACUGUGCCAGGCUACGUAUCUUACCGGUGUACAACGGACGGAACCUUUUUUAUACAGUCUUUGGUCAAGACUAUCAGAGAACAUCGUGACCGUCGUCACUUUCUUGAGAUCCUGACGCAAGUCACUAAGCUGGUGGUGAAGAAGGAAGAGGAAAGAAGCAAGAGGAGGCCUACUAUUCAAGUCCCAGCAUCUAUGCAAACACUGACAAAAUGUCUGUACUUGUGAAAGAGAAAGAAGG